AUGUCCAUCUUUCAGAGUGGCAUUGAUCAGCGGCCGGCACAUACUGGCACCGUGGACAUGAACAGCCCCCAGGCACAGGCUCGAAUGGCUCUUAGCAUUGAGCAUCAGCUGUCCAAUCGCACCGUAAGUGAAGAAUCGGAGAAGGACAAGAUGAUUCGCGGCGAGCUUUAUCGCCCUUUCGAUAUUCACCUUGUGGAGGAGCGCGAGCGAUGCAAAGCAGCCAUCUGGCGGUUCAACAAUGCUUGUAAUCCUGUUUCGGGCUUGAGUGCGAAGGAACAGAAUCGCCUGCUGAAGGAGGUUCUGAUUCCUCCUGGUUCGGUUGUUGGUUCUCCAUCGAGCGUGGGACCACUAAGACCCGCCGGAUCUAUUGGGCAAGGCGCUGUUGUUGAGUCACCUUUUCAAUGCCACUAUGGGUUCAACAUUCACAUUGGUGAGGACGUUAUGAUAUCAGAGAAUUGUCUCUUCGUGGAUGACUGUCCUAUCACUAUCGGUGCUCAUACAUGGAUAGGUCCUCGAGUCACUAUUCUCAGUUCUAUGGCCCAUGCAAACAUGCAAGAACGGAAGGGCUCUCAAAGCCGCUACCAAGGCCGUCCCGUCACGAUUGAGGAGGACUGUUACGUCGGCGCUGGUUGCACUAUAUAUCCCGGUGUCCGUCUUCGGCGUGGUGCCUAUGUGGCUCCGGGCGAGGUAGUCAAAAGUGACAUUGUAGCCUAUGGUUUUCAGGGUCUAAAGCCAAGCUACAUGUGA